GAUAUAGAAAAGUUACGUUUGACACGAAGAAAUCGCAUGAGUGGUUUUUGGUACGUCUCUGCUAAUUACAGCUAAGGAAUCAGAAGAAAUAAAACCGCAAAAUCGACAAGCUUAAAUUUGAAGUCCUUGCAGCGAACAGAACCCAUCUCAAGGUAAGAUCACGAGAACACAGAGGGGGGGUUUUACCACGAAGAAGAGGAGAUUCCAUGUCGGGUAUUUCGACAAGAUCUCCAUUGUUGGAAACUGAAGUUCGAGAUGUUACGACUAGGAGGAGAUGGGUUCGAGAGCUUGUCGAUGUCGGAGAAGCGAAGAGACAGAUCGUGUUCUCUCUGCCGAUGAUGCUCAUCAAUGUCUCGUACUAUUGCUUCCCUCUGGUCUCUGUCAUGUUCGCCGGACACCUCGGCCAGCUCGAGCUCGCCGGAGCAACUCUCGCUAAUUCUUGGGCCACCGUCACCGGUUUCGCUUUCAUGACCGGGUUAAGUGGUGGACUCGAGACGCUUUGUGGACAAGGUUAUGGUGCUAAGACUUACAGAAUGUUGGGUAUUCAUCUGCAAUCAUCUUGCAUCGUAUCCUUCUUAUUCUCCAUCAUCAUCUCUGUCUUCUGGAUCUUCACGGAAUCAGUUCUGAAAUUUCUUCGACAAGAUCCUCUUAUCUCACGACAAGCUGCCCUCUACAUGAAGUACCAAGUUCCGGGUUUGCUUGCUUAUGGGUUCUUACAGAACAUACUGAGGUUUUUUCAGACACAGUCUGUUGUGAAGCCAUUGAUCUUCUUCUCGUUGGUUCCUUUACUGAUUCAUAUUGGAAUUGUGUAUGUCCUGGUUCACAUGGCUGCUCUUGGAUUCGAAGGAGCUUCCUUGGCCUCGUCGAUUUCGUUCUGGAUAUCGUUCCUUUUGCUCGGAAUCUAUCUGAUCUGUUCAGACAAGUUUAAGGAUACAUGGAAUGGAUUUUCCUUAGAGUCGUUCAAUUAUGUACUUGUAAACCUGAAACUGAGCAUCUCUUCUGCGGCUAUGAUAUGUUUGGAAUAUUGGGCAUUCGAGAUUCUCGUGUUCUUGGCAGGACUGAUGCCGAAUCCUGAGAUCACCACAUCUUUGGUUGCGAUGUGCGUGAAUACAGAAGCGAUUGCCUACAUGUUCACAUAUGGCCUUAGUGCAGCUGCAAGCACACGGGUUUCUAAUGAGUUGGGAGCAGGAAAUUCAGAGGGAGCAAAGAAGGCCAUGUUUGUGACGAUUAAGCUCUCUGUUCUUCUUGCUCUUUGUGUGGUGCUUGCUGUCUUUUUCGGGCAUAAUGCUUGGUCUGGAUUAUUCAGCAACAACCCGAAAAUCGCCAAGGAGUUUGCUACUAUGGCACCGUUUCUCGCGGCUUCCAUAACUCUGGAUUCCAUCCAAGGUGUCCUGUCAGGAGUGGCUAGAGGUUGCGGAUGGCAGCAUUUAGGCAUGUUUGCAAAUUUGGGUACGUUUUACUUCAUUGGAACUCCACUGGCAGUUCUCUUCAGUUUCGGAUUGAAACUGUAUGCUAAGGGCUUGUGGAUGGGAUUGGUAUGCGGGAUGGUCUGUCAAUCUGCAUCUCUCUUGCUCAUUGCAUUAUGCAGAAAGUGGACUAAAUUGGAAUCAUAUGUGCCAAGAAAUAAGGAACCUUCUUCAGAUUCUGCUUAGUUAUGUAUUGUUAGUACCAAUGAAGCAUGAAAUAUAAAAAAGAAAGAAAGAAGAGAAAGAGGAUCAGACUGUGGAUGAUCUACAUCAUGAAGCAUCGAUCUCUCUUUACUAUUUGAUUCUUUAGAUUGUUUGAGAUUGAUUCUAGUAAGAAGAACCACCAUCUCCCCAUCUCCUUUGCCUGUUUCUCUGUCUCAGGCAAAAAAAAUGGAAAACAAAGAUCUUGUUUUCAGAACCAGAA